CCAGUUAUGACAGACAAACUUUGUUGUCUGUUGAGAUUGUUUUACUGUGUGCAAUGAAAAUUAUUUUAUGGCGGAAAUGUGCUUUUUGGUUUCAAAUAUUUUACAUUUGUUGAUUUUAUAGAAUGUAAAAUAAAACGAUAGUUAUUUUGUCGAUGAAUUUUAUGUUGAAACAGAAGCAUUAUCAUUGCCAUUAGUAAUUUUGUAAUAUCUAUACAUUAUGAAUACAAGUAAUUCUCAAGAUAGUAACGCAGCUAUAGGCGAUAGUUGUGCAAGUUUAAAUAACGCAUCUGCUCCGAUUGUAUUUGUUCAGUCUUUGCAACAUCAAGUUAAUGAACAUGACAUAAAUGCCAUUAUUCAAUCACAAAAACAUAUGUUAGCAAGAUUUGAAAAGACAAAUGAAAUGUUAGCAAAUUGCAAUACCUUAUUAGCUUCUCGAUACGUAACUGCUAGCAAAGAACUGAAGAAACACAUUUCAUUUCUUAUUGAAUUAAAGAAGGAUCUUGAAACCAUUUUCAGAAGAAUAAGAUUCUUAAAAAUGAAAUUGUCACAACAAUAUAGUGAAGCUUUUUCUGCUGCUUCAAGUAGUGUCUUCAAUGUACUUGAUGAGGAAGAAGAACAGGAGGAAAAAGAAAAGCUUCCCACAAAACCUGCAACUGAAGCAAAUACAGCAAAUGCAAGCAGUUCUGGCAGCAGAGAGAGUUCACCUUGUUCUUUUACCUCACCUUCUACAUCAGAUACAGGUUGAAAAAUAUAAUGUUAAAUUAGUGUUUGCAACUUUUGUAUAAUUCAGCAUGCAAGAAGAAUGUCUUGGUUAUUUAUCACUGUAUGUAUUUCUGUGAUUCAUUUAUUAUUUAUUUCCUAGUCAGAUUAAUUUAUGUUAUAAAGCUACUUUUGCUCAUUUUUAAGGGAUGUAUUAAUUACCAAUAAAUCUCCAUUUUGGCAUACUGAAAUAGUUGCCAUAUGUAAAUA